GAUAUGUUUAUCAACAUUCGUUUGUAUCGCAUUUUUGAAAUUUUCUGAGUCUGUCAUUAUUUUUUAUUGAAUAGUAUCUAUAAUAUCAUAAUAGUUUAAUAAUAGAAGUACUACAACGUCGAAUAAGGCAUAACAAGCAAAUUGAGCGUAGAUAUAGGAUAACCGAACGACUACAUGGCAUCAGCCGAGCAACUUGCCCUAUCGCAGCUCAUUAAAUCAGUGCAUCAGCAGCUCCGAGAUUCGACUAAAUCAUCCGAACCGGUCCAAGUUUGGAGGGAACAUCUAAACAAUCGCGAUCUGCUGAAGCAGUAUGCUCAUGCAAUGCACACACUGGCCACCUGCCACUGGGACAAGAACAUGGAAAUUUCCAGCAAACAGACGAACAGUCGUAUUGAAUGGGUGGUGAACUCUUGUCGGGAUUAUUUCUUCGGGCUUGGUCUGAGGAAUUUCUUCCGAGAAAAAGAAGACAAGAUAAUGAAGACAAUCAAUCCAGAGCAUACAUAUUUUUAUGAUGUUUACGAAACGCAAAGGAUUAAUUUGCUUGAUGUUGGAAGUUGCUAUAAUCCGUUUGCUGCAUUUGCAGAUUUUGACGUCACCGCGAUCGACAUAGCCCCAGCUAAUGAUACGGUGCGGUAUUGCGAUUUUCUGGAAACACCUCUCGACUCGCAUUCCGCCGAUAGUCUUACCAGGUCUCAUUUUGAUGCAGUUGUGUUCAGUUUACUGCUUGAAUACCUUCCCUCUUCCGAUCAACGAUUGCAAUGCUGUCAAAAAGCUUACGAUGUUCUGAAGCCAGAAGGAAUUUUAUUGGUAAUCACACCAGACUCCUGUCACCAGGGGGCGAAUGCCAAAUUGAUGAAAAAUUGGCGUUAUACGCUCGGUCUAAUGGGAUUUAGCAGAAUAAAACUUGAGAAGUUGGAACAUGUGACCUGCAUGGUGUUUAGAAAAUCUGUUUUCAAAGAAGUACCUCAGCGGUGGUGUGCGAUUCACAAGGAGGGAUAUAUGCAAACUGUUCUGAGUAUACCGCAAGAUUUCAACACGAGUUCGUUGAGCGGCGCUAAGCAAGAGUAUAGCAAGAAGGACGAUACAGUUGUUGAUUUAGCUGAAAUAAAACAUUUAUUUCAGGGAUUACCUUUCGUUGACGACGAAAUGUGUUGAGCGAUGGCAGACAAAGUAAAGGGUUGAUUUUUAAAGUCAGCCAUAAGUUCAAAAAUCUAACUAGUGCAGGUUAAAAAUGGCGUUUCCUGUUUUUCGCUGAAGUAGGGUAUCUUUCUACUUUUUGAAAUAUUUGAUUUAAGAAAAGAUUCGCAAUAUCUCCUAUCUGUGAGCAGCGCCACCAAUUUGAAGCGUGUGACUCAACCGGAUUGCAUGCAACUUGUAUGCAAUCAUAAAAAUAUACCGGCGUAAACCAGGGGGUGUAAAAUAUCAACUUAUUUAGGGUCGAUUUCUUUACCUUCGCUUAAUUUUAAAACAAGGUGUGUUAAAACUUUUGUUUGUCGUUU